AUGAAAGUGUUACGUCUGUCGUAUAUAUCAUGUCGAUUCAGAGCCGGCCAGCGAACCGAACUGGGCCUAUCGACGAUCGGCGAUAGCCGGACGGCUCACGUCAUCUCAGCAAAUGUUGGCACAGGCUCCAGAUCUGUGCUACGGCUAAAGGAUGUAAAUGCAAAAAACAUGCGAUUUAAAUACGGCGGUGUUUUACCUGAAAAAGCAAUUUUGGGGUUGUGGAAUGCGCUGAAAUCUUGCUCACUAAUCCCGAAGAUGAUUCAGCUUGAGGCAGAUCAAAUGAAAGAAAAAUUGAGCCAGCGUCAAUUUCCUGCUUCUCCGGAAGAAGUUCAGGAAGCACGCUUGAAAAUCAGAGAAGCGCUGGAGGCGGAAAGCGGUUUGCCUGCUCAGAAUGCUGUCAACCAGAAAGUUGUUAUAAAAAACAUGCGAUUUAAAUACGGCGGUGUUUUACCUGAAAAAGCAAUUUUGGGCCUGUGGAAUGCGCUGAAAUCUUGCUCACUAAUUCCGAAGAUGAUUCAGCUUGAGGCAGAUCAAGAAAAAUUGAGCCAGCGUCAGUUUCCUGCUUCUCCGGAAGAAGUUCAGGAAGCACGCUUGAAAAUCAGAGAAGCACUGGAGGCGGAAAGCGGUUUGCCUGCUCAGAAUGCUGUCAACCAGAAAGUUGAGGAAGCAUAUGAGCGUGAAUUAAAGAAGAAAGUGGAUAAAAUGUUGCGGCACACAAGGUAUAAUUGGAAACCACUGGAUUUCAAAACCCGCGAACAGGCUGCUGCUUACACAUUAGCAAGGAUUGCACCUAAUCACGCAGAAGUUCGUUUUGUGCUGCAAGAACUUGAACGUGUCAAAUAUGUGCCGCAGACUGUUCUGGAUUAUGGCAGUGGUUCUGGAGCGGCGUUCUGGGCAGCAUUCGAGCAGUGGGGCAAAAAAGUGGCCAGUUAUCAGUUGAUUGAUCCAAAUGAAGAAAUAAGUCAAUUUUGCAUGGACAUUUUGAGGGGAGAUGGCGAAAACGAUGGGCAUGCAUUCGUACAUCCGGACAUUACUUUUCGAAGAUUUCUGGCACCUUCUUUAAGUAAUAUCUUUGAUGUAAUCAUCGUGCAUCGCGUUCUUGCGGAAGUAGCAUCCAAAGAAUCUCGAAUCGACCUUAUUACUAAUCUGUGGAGGCGGACUAACAGGUUGAAGCAGUUUUAUUGGAAAAUUUUGUGCAUACGUUGUUUUUUGAUUUAUUUUCGACUCAAACUGUUGCGCUUGUGUGGAAAUCAGUCCUUUCAAAAUUCAUUAAUUUAUUUCAAAAUUAGUUAG